AAAAAUGUAUGACGCCGUACACGACGCUGAACGGUACCGGAACUUUAAAAACAUUGAAGUAAACAUUGAUUAAAUAACAGUCGAAUUGAUUUAGUAUUGAAACAAUUUGUGGAAAUUCGAUUGAAUCGCGUCGUAUUAAUGUGAAUACUAAAUAUACUCACCGAUCUCGGUCGGGUGUAUAUUUCCGAGUGGUUGUUUGUUAGGUUAUGUUAGCGUUCUUCCUCUAUGUAUUUUAAAUACUUGUGUAAACAAAUAUUAGUUAUAUUGUUGUAACAAUGGUGUCAACGCGAGGACUGAAGGUGAAGUUUUGUGACGGAGAAAAAGUGUUAUGCUACGAGCCAGAUCCCACGAAAGCAAAAGUAUUAUACGACUCGAAGGUACUUGAUGUCAUUGUAAAUAAAGAUCAAAGAGGCAAAAAAGCAGUGGAAUAUCUCAUACAUUUUCAGGGUUGGAAUUCGUCUUGGGACCGUUGUGUGACAGAAGAAUAUGUACUUAAAGACACAGAAGAAAAUCGCCAACUUCAACGAGAUUUGGCACAGAAGGCACAACUUCAACUAGGCGCUUAUUUAUAUCGCCGUGAGCGCAAAAAACGAAAUCAUAAGAUGUCAGAACGUUUAACUGAAACUGAGCAUCAGGAACCACGUCGUCGAGCAAGGAGUGGUGGUAGCAGAGCUACUUCGGCCACUACUGGUUCCUCAGAAGAUGGCAGUUCCGGGCAACAUGCUGAUUAUGACACAGAAGAAGCAAACACAGAAGAAGAUACAGAGAGUAGUUCUGAUUACAUGGGUGAAUCAAGUGACGACGAAGACAGUGGUGGAGGCAGCCAGUCAGGAGCUAGUAUAAAGCCAGGAAUUGACCUUGAUAUAGGUAACACAUUGAAACGGAUUUUAGAGCAAGAUCAUGACCUGAUAACAAAUAAAAACAAGCUUGUAGUUCUGCCUGCACAACCUACUGUGAUAAAUAUUUUGGAAUCCUGGGUACACCAUUUUACUACAACGCAGUUAACGAAUAUCCCAGAAAAGCCUCAACGAAAUAAAACAAAUAAUACAUUAGAAAAAACAGUAAACGAUGUGAAUCUAUGUAGAGAAGUUGCUGAUGGCUUACGUAUAUAUUUUGACUUCACACUACCUCAUCUUCUCCUAUAUAGGCAAGAAAGAGAGCAAUAUUCUUCUCCAAAGUCCUUCUCAUCAAGUAAUGAACGACCUGGUGUCGCAAAAGAGGAUUUAAUCGAAAACUUAGAAACGUCCGCAAAAGAAGAACUUGAAGAAACAGAAUAUGCUCACUUGCCACCUUUUCAAGAUCAAGAUUCAGAAUUAGACAACACAUCUAAAUUAAAUAGUUCUAAGCGACGGUUACGAUCGUGUCGUGUAAGUUCAGUCGACGAAAGCCGACAAUUGAGAUCUUACGACGAAGGAAAGCAAGAUGGUGGCAAUUUAUCGAGUAGCAUAGCAAGUACAAGUUCCCGUUGUUCUAGCCCGCGAGGUGUAACACUAAGAAUGCCGCCUGUUACAUCCGCGCAAGUAAACGCUUUACUUCAGCAAUCGAAUAAAUGGAGAUUAAUGCCUCAAGGUUCAAUGCAACUUGAGAAAGCACCAAGUCCGUCUACUUACUACGGUGCUAUUCAUUUAACGAGAUUAUUCGUCAAAUUACCUGAGCUACUCCAGUCGGCAGAUAUACAGAGCAAGAAACUGAAAGUACUUUUGAAAUAUUUGGAUAUGUUCCUCAGUUACCUGGAGAUGCAUAGAGAAUGGUUUGGAGAGCAAUUUUAUAUGCAAGCAGAGAGGGAAAAUCCGUCAACUCCAACGUCUCAAAUGAAUAACGUUUAAUACUUACUUGUGUAGUAACACUCUUUGCUUCCUAUAGAUUUAAGUAAUUGUUCUUACAAUUAAUUAAAGACUGAGACCAAAUUGUAGCAUCAGAAGAGAGAUUUAUA